UCAACCUCCCAAGACCCUUCUCACGGCUCGCCUACUGUCCUUCUCGCAAAAUGCCUUCCAUCACCACCAACCAGUGGCUCGAAGCCGCCUCCCAGCGUCGCAGUGUCCGAGCCCUGGGGGGAACCUCCAAGGUCUCAGAUGAACGAGUUGGUGAGAUUGUCGCCAAAGUCCUUUCCUUUGCUCCUUCGGCCUACAACACCCAGCCCGUCCGCAUCUCGCUUGCCUUUGGGGAGAAGCACAAGGAGCUCUGGAGCAUUAUCCUCAAGGAGGCUGAGCCGAUCCUCAAGUCCAUCAAUCCCGGUCUCUGGCAGAAGCUGGGCCCGGUUUUCGAAGGUCAUAAAGCUGCAUAUGGAUCCGUACUCUUCUGGGAGCGCGGCGACACUGCGAAAGAGGCUGCCGAGACGCACAAGGCAACCGGACACAUGUUUGGCGAGUGGGGAGAGCAUGCUCAGGGCAUCCACCAGAUCCUUGUCUGGACUGCCUUGGACAUGGAGGGAGUCGGGGCCAAUCUGCAGCAUAUGAACGCCAUUCCCCCCGUCGAGGCUGCCAUCAAGAAGUUUGCAGGCGUCCCUGGAGACUACAAACUCAAGGCCCACUUGAACUAUGGCGAUGAGCAGGCUCCUCGUCCGGAGAGCCCGCCGAGGCUGCCAAUUGCUGAAACGCUGACGAUUCUGUGAUAUGGCAUGAUCUUAUGGGUAGAGAUAUAUUUGGUUCUUAGGAUUUCCCAGAGCAGAGGGAUAGUUUUCAGAACAAAAUAAAUAGCUUAGAUAUUCUAGAGAGAAUCAAUAUCAAUGGU